AUGGGUAUCACCUGUAAAGACUAUAUCACCAAUGUUGAAGUCCUGAGACGGGCGAACAUCUCAUCAAUGGAAGCCAUGAUUGCUCGCUCACAACUCAGAUGGACUGGACACGUCAUCAGAAUGUUCGAAGAACGACUACCGCGAGCUCUACUGUUUGCUGAACUGAAAGAGGGGACAAGGCCCCGUGACAGACCGCGAUUACGUUUUAAAGAUACUGUAAAACGUCGUCUGACCUUAGCCGGUAUCAGCUAUCAGCAGCUGGAGAAGCUGGCGAGCGACCGGGCCGGAUGGCGCUCAGUAGUGAGUGAAGGAACCAAAGCGGUCCACAGAGACUGGGUAAACCGAGAAAACGAACGGAGGCGUAGACGACAUGCAGUCGAUACAACCCCCGAAAUUGAACAACAAUGA